UGCACCUCCCUUCCGCUCCACCAGACCGCAGUCGCUAACUCACACAGACAGAGUUUCCCUGAACCACGGCAACACAGACCUACUACGGAGCAUGUCAACACAGAGAGGAGAGAGGGAGCGUGUGCAUGUGUACACACUACCUGGGGCAGCCAUUUUGCCUGAGUGAGUGAAAGGGGGUAAUCAGACACCUGUGGUGCCUGCCGGUCCCACGUCCCUCCCAGUCGGGGUGGGACGGAGGCGGGCCCUAGACCGGAUAAACCAGUCAGACACAUUUCUCCCCGACCUCAGGGGGUUUUCCUCGCACCCCGUAGCAGCCUGGGAGCAGAGGUUGGUAGAGUGAGGCAAGCCACGCACAGAAGUGGUGAGGCAAGCCACGCCAGUGAAUCAAAAUAACUCUUGAACUUUGUAACUUUCCAUACCAAAGUGAUCGGGGCUUCUUUUUUUCCUUCAAAUGUUUCUGGAAGGUGGAUGACCGUUCCCAGGAGGAUUAUACUUGGAAAUAUUUCCAGCAGCGACUGAGCUGCUUGACUGCGAUCGGAACGCCGGUGGACGUUACUUACUUUGACCCAAAGGAGAGGUUACCUUUUUUUUACGACAUUAUUGGAGGCUGCUCUGUAUGCAGGAGAGAUAACGUUUAUUAUUGUGUGUAGCCACUUUAGGAAGGUUAAGGAGAGGAGAGAGGUGCAGUGGGCUUUCCAUACAAAGGACAUUUGUUCCCAGGCAUCGUGGGGGUGGAACAGGAGCAGUUUGGAUGACAGGAAGGGGGAGAGAUGACCCUUGACAUCCUAAAAGGGACACUGGACUGGGGCCAAAACGUGUCCCUCCUUUCACCUUGAAUCGGUUCCUCCAGAAAUACAACAGGUUGAGAAACAAAAAAUGGAGGGUGCUGGUAGGAGCCCGACUAAACCGGAGAGCCUGCCUCCGAGCUCCUUAAUCAAUAAGCUUUCCUCCGUCUUCGGCCGCGACUGGUCUGCACCGGCCGGGACAGCCGUCCUGACGUCUUUCAAAACUCUUUCGAAGGAGGAAGCUACUGUGGAUGAAAGUAUGCAAACAUCUAGGCUCUUAAGCACAAAUGCCGAGCUGCAAGACAGCGUGUAUUCCCGUCAUAAAUGUGUCUCUGCGCCUUCCGUGGAAACACAGGACGUUCAAUCGGGGACAUUCACCCUCAAGGAGCAGUCAGUUGAUUCGGAUUUGCAGCGGGUCACCAUGGUGGAGACCUACAGUGACGCUGAGAACGACGACGUUGACGACGAGAAGGGGAUACACCCAGCCGUCGCACAAUCGGGAGGGCUUUCUCGGACUCCGGAGAUGCUGCUGUCGGAACAGACGGGCAGGGGAAGAGAGCGGCCCGGAGAUCCGCCGCUUGAGUCCGGUCAGGAGUAUAGAUAUAUCGAAGAGAACGUGGACUACCCAGUGUUUAGAACUCACAAUCUGAUGGAGCUAUCCCUUAAGAACCCGUCUGCACUUUCCAAAAGCAGGUUCCCCCGAACUAACUCUAAGACGGGCCAGGAUGAUCCAGACGGUCCACUGAGGGACACCUCAACCAACACGCCUGGGAAUGACGAAACGCGACUAUUUGAGGCUGUGGCUACACAUGUCAAAGCAGACACCGUCAGCGUCAGUAGCAUAGACGUAGUAACCAGUCUGGACAAUGUGAAGGCGGAAGGGCUUUCUUCAGCAAUACCCUCGGCAGAUGAAUGUGGUGAAUCUGCAUUGUUGUCAUUUUCUGAGGCGCCUGUUAAAAAAGUAUCUCUGAUUUCCUUGGAAGUAGAGCGACAGAAAGCCCGAAACGUGGACCAAGUGAAGGAGAUAAGCAGGGAGAAGCCAGGAGAUGUGAAGGGGCCAGAGGAGUCUCGUUCCAGCGCUGUCUCCUCCCCCCUCCCCUUAUCUACUACCACAAAAACUGUUUCACUCGGAACCUCCACUAGCCCAGAAUCACAGUCGGACACUAAUGGCAAGACUGAGGACCUUUCAGGGUCCUCUGGUUGCACCAAAGCACACAGUAACUCAUCCGCCUCACCCCGGAUCACACAGGACCCCACCAAGACUUGUGUCCGAUCACCUAGCUCGUCACCAAAGAAAACGGCCUCAUCCCUCCCGGCCUCCGCCAACUCAUCCCCCUCCAAGACGGCAGCCUCGUCUCCGGCUCCGCCCUUCCAGCUGCCGGCUCUCUUCAGCGGGCUGAGGGUGCACAAGAAGGGUGCAACUGGGGAGGACCGGGAAACGCUUUCGGAGAUCAAGCAGAGGGAGAAGGACACCGAGCUGGCCGUGCUCAGCCUGAAGAAGACCGUGAACAAGGCCAAGCAGUACCCCGAGCAGAUCGUGGUGACGCCGGUCAGGAGACGCAGCGAACCCAAACAGAUGACCGAAACCAAGAGCAACCUGCUCGGGCAGCUCAACCUGCUCCUGAACCUGGACAACCAUGAGAUGAGCAGCAGGCCCGACCAUGAAAAGGAGUCCCCCGCUGAAGCCAAAAAGGAUGCCCCCAAAGGGGAGAAGGAGGGGACGACGGAGCAAGACGUGGCAGUCGUCACAACGCCAACUGACAAAAAGAAAACCUCAGAUUUAGCCUAUGAAACUUUUAAAAACCUUUUUGGCCCAAAAACCCCGAAAAAGGAGAUCACGGAACCUAUGGACCUAGAUGCUGUUAAACAGAAACUUAAAAGCGAGAAGGAGCUUCUGAAGUCUAUCUUUGACAGAGCUGCAAAGUCUCCACUCAGCCCCACUGACCCAAAGAGUCCCACAGAGGUUUAUACCGAGGUGACCUCCCCAACAGACAGCGAGGACCGGACCCCUCGCCGUCUCCAGGCCAUCUGGCCGCCCCCCAAGCCCAAGGAUGAGGAGGAGAAAGUGGGACUCAAGUACACCGAGGCAGAGCACCAGGCUGCCCUCUUGCAGCUGAAGAGAGAAUGCAAGGAAGAGAUGGAGAAGUUGCACGCAGACUUUGAGCUCCAGACCUUCCAGCUGCGGGGAGAGCACGCCGUGGCGGUGUCCCGCCUGGAGGGUGUCGCGGCCCGGCUGGAGAGGGACGGCCCGCGGGGCGCCCUCAAGGCCGGCGUGGAGCUGCGCGAGGCCUGCGUCUCCACGGAGGACGAGCUGCCGCCGCCGCCGUCGCCGCCCAAGUCCUUCCGCAACGUCUGCGUGCAGACCGACCGGGAGUGCUUCCUCAAGUCCCCCGACGAGGGCCCCGCCGUGAGCCCCGGCCAGCAGCACAUACCCCGGAGGCUGACCCUGGACGCACUCCCGCUUGGCAUCGGGGCCGGGGCGGCACCUGGACCGCCACCGCCGCCACCACCGCCGCCACCACCGCCGCCACCCUUGCCAGGCCACCUCGCACCACCCCCCCCUCCUCCGUUGCCGGGACACAUGAGAUUGCCCGGACCACCUCCACCCCCACCCCUCCCCGGCGGUGGACCUCCACCCCCACCCCCGCCCCCACCUCUCCCAGGCGCUGGACCUCCACCCCCACCUCCGCCCCCACCUCUCCCAGGCGCUGGACCUCCACCCCCACCUCCGCCCCCACCUCUCCCAGGCGCUGGCCCUCCACCCCCACCACCUCUCCCCGGCGGUGGCCCUCCACCCCCGCCUCCAUUCCCUGGAAUGGGUCCGCCACCGCCUCCCCCACCACCGGGCUCCGGCCAACCACCCCCACCUCCCAUGGGUGGCUACACUCCGAAGGUGGAGAAGGCCCCGCGGAAGCCCAGCGUGGAGCCGGCCUGCCCCAUGAAGCCCCUGUACUGGACCCGGAUACAGAUCCAGGACAACAACAACAACACGCUGUGGGGCUCCCUGGAGGAACCCGACCUCGUAGACACCGGGGAGUUCGAGGAGCUCUUCUCCAAGGCCACCCUGCAGCCCAAGAAGAAGCCCCUGUCUGACGCCUACGAGAAGAAGGCCAAAACCAAGAAGAUCAUCAAGUUACUGGAUGGGAAGAGGUCUCAGGCUGUGGGCAUCCUCAUAUCCAGCCUGCAUCUGGAGAUGAAGGACAUCCAACACGCUGUUCUGACUGUGGACAACUCUGUUGUGGAUUUGGAGACCAUUGAAGCGUUAUAUGAAAAUAGAGCCACCAGUGAUGAGCUGGAGAGAAUAAAGAAGCAUUAUGAGACUUCCAAAGAAGAUGAGGUCAAACUGUUGGACAAACCGGAGCAGUUCCUCUAUGAGCUUUCCCAGAUUCCGGACUUCACGGGCCGGGCCCACUGCAUCAUCUUCCAGUCGUCCUUCCUGGACAGCAUCGCAUCCAUCCGUCGCAAGGUGGAGAUCGUCUCCACUGUGUCAAAGGUGCUCCUGGAGGGCAGCAGUGUGCGGGAGGUGAUUGGCCUGGUGCUGGCCUUCGGGAACUACAUGAACGGCGGGAACCGAACCCGGGGCCAAGCAGACGGCUUCGGACUGGAGAUCCUCCCCAAGCUCAAAGACGUCAAGAGCAGGGACAAUCGCAUCAGUCUGGUGGACUACGUGGUGUCGUACUACCUGCGCAAUUUCGAUGAGUAUGCAGGGACGGACAAGAGUGUGUUCCCUCUGCCCGAGCCACAGGACUUCUUCCAGGCCGCCCAGGUCAAGUUUGAAGAUAUCACGAAGGACGCCAGGAAGCUGAAGAGAGAGCUGACGGUGUGUGAAAAGAAUGUGCAGAAGGUGUGUGCCAACUCCUCAGAGGAACACCUCCAGCCCUUCAAAGAUAAAAUGGAAGGCUUUCUCUCUGUCGCUCAUGAGCAGCAUGCCACCGAAGACAACAGACUUGACACAGCACUGAAGAGUUUCCAAGAAAUGGCGAGCUACUUCGGGCUGAGGCCCAAGUCUGGAGAGAAGGACGUGGCCCCCGGUUUUGUCUUCAUGCUCUGGUAUGAGUUCUGCUGCGACUUCAAGAACACUUGGAAGAGAGAGAGCAAAACCAUCUCCAAGGAGCGACUGAAGGAGGCGCAGGAGAACAUAAAAAAGAUUACGGCAGACAAGAGGGUAGAAACCAAGAAGAUCAACGCCAACAGUCUGAAAGAGAGACUGCGCCAGAAGCAGGCCUCUUCUUGAGGAAAGCGGCGAGAGCGAUUACGGACCAAUCAAAACGCAGGGAGCCCAGGAAUAGCGAACACAACGACAGUACCGGAGAACCCGAGGUACCAAACUAAAAAAGCCCUGCCGGCUCCAUUUCUCCUGCGUUCACCACAUGCCUGACCCAACACCAUACCUCAUAGUUCACCGUCCUGCGCGGCACAUUUUCAUCUCCCCGCGAGAACCUCUCUCCGACAACUCCACCCAAUACCCUACCUCGUCUUCCCCUCUGGUUCUGCUGCACCCAACGGAUCUACCCAGUAGUGCAGACUGCCCCCCCCACCUCCUCCCCUCCUCCGUCUAUUUACCACCCUCUCUGACUGGUCUCACCCAGCGAACAUGCACACUGUGGGGGCUGCGUCACCACGGGACAGCAGCUCUGGAGGACAGCGGCCAAUAGCAAGACGGGGGGACCAGAGGGAAUGCAGGAGGGUAAGGAGUCCUGUCCCGUCGUCGCCUGCGAGGUCGUGGCGUCGGUCUGCGUUGCUGACACGGUCAGAGUGAUGGGAGUACUCGGGGGAGGGGGGGGUCUUGGGGGUGGGUCAAAGGUCGACCUCAUUCAUCCCGCAUGGGUGUGACCUUGAGUGGCCGGCUUGUGAAGGGGUCAGGGGUGUUCACAAUAGCGCCAGCUGCUAUAUCGACACAGUGGUGGGUUUCACGGCCGCCUGAGCUCCUGGGUUCACGCUGGGUGCCUGUGCGGAUGGUAUUUAGCGUGAGAUAUGUUGCCCACGUUAGCAGAAUCACCGGUAACACAUGCCGCUGCCUACCGCUGGGGGGUCAUUGCUGUAAAAUACGAGCCGCGGGAUGUUUGUGUGUUUAGAAGGAAGUCAACCGUCGAGGAACGCUUAACCAAUCGGUAGAAGUAGUCAAGCUAUAGACAAACUGAGAUAUCACUAUGAAUAUGCUCGUAUUAAACCACAGCUAGUCAUUCACAAUGGAGUAUUAUGUGUUGUACUUGCGUUUAAUUUGGUGAUUUGGACGUAUCAGGGGCCACGAGAUGGAUGAUAUAAUAGUAUAACUUGUGUUCUGUGAGUAGGCAAUAUCGAGUCAUGUUGUUGCAGUGCAUCCAUGCAGGAUGUGGGUCAAAACCACGAGCAGACCCUGGCCCAAUAACACGAGAACCUGCCCCCAAACACACAAGGAUAAAUGGGUUCUCAUGGAUCGAGCUAAAACAGAGCGAGAAUAGAAUCAGGAGAGGGAAGUGUUGUUCCGAGGUAAGAAAAAUGAAGUGUUAAUUCUAUGAAAUAGUUUAUUUUGAAAAUGAUUUAUGAAGUGUCUGUCAUGUCUUGCACACCUUCCUGCUUGUAAAAUAUGUACACAGUAAAUAGCUGCGCCACAUUCCCCUGGGAUGGUAGGCCUACCUAUAUUACAAAUGUAUUGCACUUUUUGCACUCUUUUCCUAUGCAAAGCUAUGGUUUCCUUGAUAAAACAGGUUCAUGAAUUGUACGGCAUCACAAUGAAAAUGGUAGAGAUUGUUGAAUUUUUAAGAGUAGCAUAUGUGUUCAAUUUAAGAUUUUAUUUUCACUAUUUGUCAGAUAUCAGCAUUAAAAACACAUGUGAAUAUACCUCUAUUUAUGGGAAUAAAACAUUUAUUUUAAGGUUUUUCCUUUUAGGAUAUAUAUUUUUAGGAGAUGUAAAAUGGUCAAGAAGCUGCCUAAUAUUUAAUUUGGAUGAUACAAACUCUGUCUGUAAAUAUACCUUGCUAUGUAUUUGGCGCCUACUUGGAUGUGGUGCUAUUAUAAUCAAAAAAUGCUGUUUAAUCAAAGCUUUUAUAAAAGGUUGUUUGAUUUCUGUUCGUUUUGAGACUAAUUAUUAAAAUUAUGUAACACUCA